AUGGACUCGAAUAAAAAGCCUCUCUUAUUUAUCAAUCUUGAACUGCACAAUUUCCCGACGGAACACCUCCGAACCCUCAUCGAUUCAGGAGCCACAUCAAACUUUAUCUCCCCCUUGAUUGUGGAAAAAUAUAAAAUCCCAAAAACCCAACUCAAAAAUCCACGAGUUGUGAGAAUGUUAGAUGGUACUAUAUCCCAGACUGGUCGCAUUUGGCACCAGGUUCAACUCGCGGUCUUGGCCAAUGGCCAUUCACACCACAUCCCUUUCCUUGUUUGCCCCAUAGGCAACACCCCGGCUAUCCUAGGCAUGACAUGGCCCAGUCCCAAAAGUGUCAAACAGGUCCAGGCCUUCCUAGGAUUUGCCAACUACCUCCGCCAAUUCAUUCCCAAUUUUAGCUCCAUUGCACGCCCCCUGCAUAAUCUCACCAAAAAGGAAACCCCUUGGUUAUGGGGUAACCUGGAGGAAGCUGCUUUCCAGGAGCUAAAGUCCCUUGUCACCCAGUCACCCGUCCUAAUCCAUUCCAACCCCAGCCUUCCCUACUACCUAGAAACAGACGCAUCAGGGGUAGCCAUGGGAGCUAUCCUAAGCCAACGAGCAGAGGAUAACCGCCUUCAUCCAGUUGCAUAUAUGUCCAAGUCCUUUUCCGGUGCUGAAGCCAACUAUGACACCCACAAUAAGGAGCUUCUAGCAAUCAUCAAAGCCCUGGAAGAAUGGCGUAUUUUCCUGGAAGCGACAGACAAGCCAAUCCAGGUCUUCACAGACCACAGGAACCUGGAAUAUUGGAUGCAGGCUAGGACUUUUAACCGGAGGCAUGCCAGAUGGCGCAUCUUCCUGAGUGACUUCAACUUUGAAAUCCACUACCAACCAGGUAAACAGUCGGGGAAACCAGAUGCAUUGUCCAGACGCUCAGACUAUAUUGAUUCACCUCAGGAGCCAGAAAUCAUGUUACCAUCAGAGGUCUUUGCCAACACGUCAGAAGCGGAACUUGAGAUUGUUACAGAAAUCCAAGAGAAACUGAAGGAUGAUCCAUCCCUGGAACCCAUCAUCCAAUUCCUGACAGAGGAUGCGGACAAUGCACCUCCAUCCAUUUGA